AUGGCUGACGGAAUGUCCCAUUCCCAGCUCUCCUCACCCUCCUCCACUUCUACCUCGACCUCCCCCACGAAGCUCUGCUCCAAGACCUACAAGAAAGCCUCUCAGCUCUAUCUCACACGCCGUCUCCCUGAAGCCCUUUCCACUCUCCAACUUAUCAUUACGGUCGCAGAUGACCAACAACCAAAUGGCGAUCACGCCUCUACAACGGUUGCGCCGAUCGCCACCGCCCCUAGCACGUGGAGAAUCAAGGUGUGGAAUCUGUACAUCACGCUGCUGAGCGCAAUCGUCGACCUCGGCGCCGAGGAAGGAAAGAAGCAAUUCGGCCAGAAGGAGUGGAAAGCGAUCGCCACGCAAGUGCGGGAGGGAGGCAUCUGGGAGACAGUGGUCCAGGUCGGGUACAGGGGCCGCGAGGGCUCCGUGGAUGCCGAGGUGGUUUAUAACCUUGCAACACUGAUCCUCAACCACUCUUCCUCCCAAUCACUCAACCAGCAGCGUCUCGAGACAUACCUCUCCUCCUACGGACAACCAAACCUCGACCUCACCGACCGUCUCAAUGCCUCCGCCAAUGCCCAGCCGCGCCACAUCAGCCAGACGAGCGGAACAGAUACUCCGAAAGAUCUGGCUGCGCGAGUACGUAUCAUCGAGCUCUUCACUCUGCAUGUUCUCCCACGGAACGAGGAGUGGGAGUAUGCGCAGGAAUUCAUCAACCUGAGCGAAGUCCUCGACGAAGAACGCAAGGAACUCUUCCUCCAGACCCUGGAAGGACUGAAGGAGGAGAAGGAACGAGGCGAGUUGCGGGCCGCGGAGCUCCAGCGGGCCAAAGAUGCCGAAUUCGAGCGACAGCGUGAGGAUGAGCGUCGGAGAGCAGAGGACGCUGCUUCAUCAUCCCCCCGUCCUCAACCGAACGGACAUAAGCGCAAUACGAGUGAGGGUGACUACGGGAUCGAAAAGGGGCGGUCCCCGAAGAGCAAGGGCGGGAAAUCGGCGGACAAAUCGCCGAGCGGCAAGCCAUCGCGGACUGCACUCUCGUCGUCGAGUUCCAAGAACGUCAAGAAGCAGGACAAGCCUGAACCUCGACGCCAGACUCGUGCGGUCGCUACGACUCUACGGAAUUUGGUGAAACAUAUCAUCCAAAGCGUAUCCGGGAAUCCGAUGUCGCUGGUCCGCACCCUUUUGUUUUUGCUCGGUAUACUCAUGGCCAUGAGCCGGCAGGACGUGCGUGAGCGUGUCCGAAGGGUUACGGACAGUGCAUGGCAGAAAGUGAAGGGCACAGUUGGCAUGGGUGUCAAGGUCAGCUAUAUUUAA